GACCAACACGCGUGACUUCUCAAUUGUCUCGGCUCAGCCCAGCCCAACUCGAUAUACACAGCACAGCACACGCGCGCGCGAAUCGGACUUUAAUUGCAUGGCCCCGCGUGCGCUCUGCGCUCGUCCUUGCCAUCUCGAUCUCCAUCACGUACGCAGCAGCCACGUCUCGCCGUUCAGCCAGAUAUAUAGCUGGUGCACAUUCACAUUGCGCUUUCCCGCAGUGUGCGCGCAUAUACGCGUCCAUGCAAGCAAGCAAGCAAGCUCAUGCUGGGAAUAGGAAAUCAGGCAGAUGCAGCAUCCGCUCGAGGCAACGACGAAUCCUACUCUGUCGCCAGCUCCGUCAUCGAUAGCUCGAGCGCGGCAGCCUCUCGAGCACGCAGCGCACGCAGCGCCGCAUCGCUUCAAUCCGCCACGACUGAGAAGCGAUCUUCCGUCGGUGGGAGCAGCGGCAGUGGUGGCGUGGUGGUGGGCGGCGCAAAAGUGGAUGUCCAUACCCCGCUGCAUGCGCCGCUCCCUCUUCCUCGAUCCCCUUCCACCGCUGCUCGAAACCUAGGAAGCCCGCGCACAGUGUCGAUUCCACUCGCUUCCACAUCGCCGCGGGUUCGAUCACCCGCACCUACGCUUAGACACGGCUCCUCUGCCUCAGCCUCAGCCUCAGCCUCGGGCUCGGGCUCUUCAGCUCCGCUCGCAUCCGACUUGGCAUCCUUCUCCAUCAACGUCUCUGCAUCGCUUCGAGGAGACGCAGCGGCGGGCGAACGAGUAGAGGAAAAGCUACGCGGCAUCCCCUUGUCUCAUCGAGCAGCGUACACGCGAGCGCAAUCCAAAGCUAGACAAGAGUAUCACGCCAACGUAGCGUUCGCCCGUCGUCAACGCCUCUCCGAUCUGCUCACCUCUACGCACGCCGAUGAAAAGAUGGAUUCAAAAGAGAGAUUGAAGAGAUGGAGAGGAUUCGUGCAGACGCAUGCCAAGAGGAACAAUGUGGGCACCCACCCUUGGUUCGCCGCCAUUGCCACCGUGCUGAGAUUGCAGGCGCUGGUGGAUCAGCAUGCAGGCGCGGGCAAGGUCUGCUUGGAGUGGGAGUUGGACGAUGCGGUGCUCAUGGAGGCUGGUGGAGAUGCUUUCACAGACGCGGCCGUAGCAGCGCUCAAAGGCACGCUCGGAUGGAGUGAGGUGGGUCCACACCUGCGCAGCAACGGUAUGGUCACCGCAACGACGGAAUUGGACGAUCCUUUUUCAGAUCCGGAUCCAGCUUCCUCCGUCGCGCCGCUCACCCGAGCUUGGAUCGUAUCUGCCACGCUCACCAAUCCCGAACUGCGUUCCUUGGCCCGUUGCAUCCCUUCUCACGUCUUUGCUCGAAGCUUUAAAGAAAAUCCGCCAGAUUUCAGAACGGCGACGGAUACUGUGCCUGCUAGAUCUCCCAAAACCUCGCCGCCAUCUCAGCAGCAGCAGCAGCAGCAGAGCAAGAACGAAAAGGACACGGAUGUGGAGGGGCAGCGGAUCAACGCGCUCAGGUUGAAAUCGAUUCGACUACCUACAGGUAUGCUCAGGAGAAGCGUGUAUUGCAGAAAGAAGGCUUGGAGAGGUAGCUUGUUGGCCAGACUCAUCGAUUGGCUCAAGAGUCUCUUCAACAUUCCUUGAACGCCGCGUUCCGCUUUCACCCUUUAUGCAAUCCUCCAUCUACUGUACCGGUAACCUUACCACAUUUCCCAUCGCGCACCCUACGCCGUA